AUGUCAACAUCAGUCCCAAGCCUUUGGACUGGCCGUGCUGGCAAGGAAACUGGGGCCAACUUCCAGUUCAUUCAUCGUGUGCAUGCUUCCGACAGGAAGGACCGGCAUGCCUUGCAGCUGCUAGAGUUGCAUGCCGAUGCAGCCGGAUUUUCUUCUGGCUGCAAGUACGAGGUCGUCCAAAAAGGAAACUCGACUUCUUCGCGGCAUACCCAGCCAUAUGCCAACCAAAGUCCAGAAUGGCGACAAAGUACAUCUCAUCUGGGCUGUCCAGAGCUACGAUGA